GUGAUUCACUAAUCGCAAAGAGACAGAAAUCAGAAAUAUUUUUUUUUCUACCAUUUCAUUCCAUCAUUCAUAAGUGAAAUGUUAUAAGUAUAGCAUAGUAAAGUGAAAACAAACUUGCGAUUUCGAACAACACAUGUUAUCAUUUGUAAUAGCUUUUAAGUUAUUUGAAUGGUGUGCUUGCCUAUAGAGUGACAAUAAUUAAUUAAUUAUAAUUAUACGCAAUCAAGGAACAGCAGAGAAAAUUAUAAAAUUGGAAAAAAAAUUCACAUGAGUGAGCCAAAUAAAGGAAUAUAAAAAAAUAAAAUAAUUAGAGAAGAGAAGUGAACGAGUAAUUUGGGUGUGUCGAGUUUGUACAAAUGGUUUUUUGAUUAGAAGUUAUAUCAUACAUGUGAGUGCUCAUAGAGAAGAAAAAAAAAAUGAUUUAAGUGUUUCGAGUGGCUACCUACUAGAGCAGAAAUUUGUAAUAAACAUAAUAUAAAAAAAAGUUGAAGUUGAAACUUAAUGAAAAUGGCUUUGGAAGACUCAAGAUAUUGCUAUAGUUCAACUGUUGAAUCAAACAGCCCAGCACUACCAAAUUCACCAAACAGCUUUUCUCGAAACUCAUCAACAGCUUCAUCGCCGACUACAGUUUGUGAUAUAAAAAUGAAUUCAAAACAUGGACUAGUCGUGGACGAUGAAGACAUGGACAUUAACGUUGAUGAUGAUGAAGAUGAUUCAUAUGAAAGAAAUUACAAAAGAAAAUCAGAUAGUCUGAAUAUUGGGAAGUUUAGCUUCUCAAUAACAAAUAUAUUAAGUGAUAAUUUUGGUCCGAAGCCGGUCAAGAUUGAGAAUGACCACAGUGAUAGAUUGUUUAGGCCAUUUGAGAUUAAAGAUUUUAUUUGCAAUAAUAGUUUGAACAACUCAGUGAACAGCAACAACAGCAACAACAAGUUUGUGCAAAAUAUAAACCCAUCUUCCGUAUUUUUAAAUAGCUUUAAAUUAUCAGAAAUCUUUGAUUAUAGUACAAAAAAAUUAUCCUCGGAGAAUCAAUAUAAGUCAAGUGAUAAUAGUUUUAGAAAUAGUUUAUACAAUAGUUUUACGGCAUAUCCAAAAAUCCAUGAAGAGAUUUUUAACAACAGCAAUAAUAGCAAUAACCAUAAAAAGUACUCAAGUCAAGUAACCAGCAACUUAUUGUCAUCAGCCUCGUCACUUAAGAUCCCAUCAUCGAUUGGUGGCUUAUGUAAAACAAUAUCACAAAUUGGACAAGAAAGUUCACCACAAUCAUUAUCGACAUCAUCUUCAUUAAAAUCAUCGUGUACAUCACCGACAUCGUUUCAAACCAAUUCAUCUGACACGCUUAAAUUACCCCAGUCUUCAGUGGACAGCUUAAGUUUGGACUCGGAUGAUUGUCAAUCAGAGGCUAGUAAAGAUGACAACAAAAUGUGGCCAGCAUGGAUAUUCUGUACUCGCUACUCAGAUAGACCAAGUUCUGGUCCUAGAUACCGUCGGCCAAAAGAGAAGAAGGAGAAAGGAACGGAUGACGAAAAGAGACCCCGAACAGCAUUCUCAAAUGAACAGCUCCUUCGACUAAAGAAAGAAUUCAAUGAAAAUCGAUAUUUGACGGAGAAGAGGCGACAUCAACUGAGUGCUGAACUGGGCUUGAAUGAGGCACAAAUCAAAAUUUGGUUUCAAAAUAAAAGGGCAAAGAUAAAGAAAACAUCUGGAGUGAAGAACUCUCUUGCAAUACAAUUGAUGGCACAAGGAUUGUACAAUCAUACAACCGUUCCGUUGACAAAGGAAGAGGAAGAAUUGGAAUUAAGGAUGAAUGGAAAUUUCAACUAAUAAUAAUGACAAUGUUCAUUUUUAUUAUUGGCUCCUUCCUCUUCAUUUCAUAUUUUUUAUGAACAAUUUCGUGACAAUUGAUAGAAGUAGAAGAUCACAAGAAUAAUACAAUAUUUUAUCUUGAACAAAGCAUUAUAAUGAUUAUAAUAUUAAAAUAUUAUAUUGUUGAGGUUAGAUAAAUAAUAUAAUAAUGCGUAUUAAGGAUGAAAUUUAUUAGAUCAAAACAGAUAGGAUUUGGUUUGAUUCUUUUUUAAUGUUUUUUUUAAAAGCAUAGGGUUUCCAAUGUUUACGGUUUUUGUGGAUUUAAAUGAAGAAAUAGUUUUGAGGAAUUUAACGGUUUUCAAAAGUUCAAAAGCUAAUGGUUUUAAAAGAU